UUACAUGUGGAGAAUUUGCGCUAUCCUUUGACAUGAGGGAGUGGAGUUCUAGGCUGGAAUAACUUGGAUUAUAAAGCUUUUUUUUUUUUUUUUUUUAAUCGUAAGAGACGUUGAAUGAUGUCUCCUACUUCUAUUGGGAUAGUAGUUUUUGCAGCAGUGAUUCUUCAAACAUGCUCAGGGUCCCGUCUGCGCCAAGAGGACACCCCACCCCGCAUUGUUGAGCACCCGUCGGACCUGAUCGUGUCCAAGGGUGAACCGGCCACUCUGAACUGUAAGGCCGAGGGCAGACCCACCCCCACUAUAGAAUGGUACAAGGACGGGGAGCGCGUGGAGACGGAUAACCCGCGCUCCCAGAAGAUGCUCCUGCCCAGCGGAUCCCUGUUUUUCCUCAGGAUAGUGCACGGCCGCAGGAGCAAACCCGAUGAAGGAUCUUAUGUGUGUGUUGCUCGGAAUUACCUGGGAGAGGCGGUCAGUCACAACGCGUCGUUGGAAGUAGCCUUGUUGCGUGAUGACUUCCGACAGAACCCUGCGGACGUGAUCGUGGCGGCGGGAGAGCCGGCCGUGUUAGAGUGUCAGCCGCCGCGAGGACAUCCAGAGCCCACCAUCUCCUGGAAGAAGGACGGGGUCACCAUCGACGACCGCGAUGAACGCAUCACGAUCCGAGGAGGGAAGCUGAUGAUCACGAACGCCCGUAAGAGCGACGCGGGGAAGUACGUGUGUGUGGGCACCAACAUGGUGGGCGAGAGGGAGAGCGAGGUGGCCGAGCUCACCGUGCUGGAACGUCCCAGUUUUGUGAAGCGUCCGGGCAGUCAGGUGGUGCUGGUGGACCAGAGUGUGGAGUUCCGCUGUGAGGCCAGAGGAGACCCAGUGCCCACAGUGCGCUGGAGGAAGGACGACGGAGAGCUGCCCAAGGGAAGGUUUGAGAUCCGCGAGGACCACACGCUGAAGCUCCGCAGACUGACCCCGGCAGACGUGGGCUCCUACACCUGCCUGGCCGAGAACAUGGUGGGCAAGGCGGAGGCGUCUGCGUCCCUCACCGUCCACGUGCCGCCGGCGUUCGUGGUGCGUCCCAGGAACCAGGUGGUGGGCGUCGGCCGAACCGUCACCUUCCAGUGCGAGGCCACAGGGAACCCCCAGCCCGCCAUCUUCUGGCAGAGAGAAGGCAGCCAGAACCUGCUCUUCUCGUACCAGCCUCCUCAGCCCUCCAGCCGCUUCUCCGUGUCCCAGAGCGGAGACCUGACCAUCACCGACGCCGAGCGCUCCGACGUGGGCUUCUACAGCUGCCAGGCCCUCAACAUCGCCGGCAGCGUCAUCACCAAAGCCCUGCUGGAGGUCACCGAUGUGGUGUCGGACCGCCCCCCUCCUGUGAUCCGCCAGGGCCCGACCAAUCAGACCGUGACGGUGGACGGGACGGUGGUGCUGAGCUGCCAGGCCACGGGAAGCCCCACCCCCACCAUCCUGUGGAGGAAGGACGGAACGCUGGUGUCCACCCACGACUCCCGGGUCCGACAGCUGGAGACGGGAGCUCUGCAGAUCCGAUACGCCAAGCUCAGUGACAGCGGCACGUACACUUGCAUCGCGUCAACGCCGAGCGGAGAGGCGUCCUGGAAGGCACACCUGGAGGUCCAAGAGUUUCCUGUCCAGCCCAACAGACCGACUGACCCCGCCCUCAUCCCCUCUGCCCCCUCCAAACCUGAGGUCACAGAGGUCACCCGCACCUCCGUCACUCUGUCCUGGAAACCCAACCUGCUGUCCGGAGCCACGCCCACCUCAUAUGUCAUCGAGGCCUUCAGCCACGCGUCGGGCAGCAGCUGGCAGACCCUGGCGGAGCACGUGAAGACGGAGAGCUUCGUGCUGAAGGGUCUGAGGCCCAGUGCGGUUUACCUGUUCCUGGUGAGAGCCGCCAACGCCUACGGCCUGAGCGAGCCCAGCCCCAUCGCAGACGCCAUCAAGACCCAAGACAUCCCCCCCACGAGUCAAGGCGUGGACCACAGGCAGAUCCAGAAGGAACUGGGAGACGUGGUCAUCCACCUCCACAACCCCACCAUCCUGUCCUCCUCCUCAGUGCGAGUGCAGUGGACGGUGGAGCAGCAGUCCCAGUACAUCCAGGGUUAUAAGGUGCUGUACCGGUCGUCUCCAGCAGAGGGCCAGGUGCGUAGUGAUUGGUCGGUUUUCGAGGUGCGGACGGCGGGGGAGGACAGCGCCGUGGUGCCUCAGCUCCGGAAGGGCGUCACCUACGAGUUUAAAGUGAGACCGUUCUUCAACGAAUUCCAGGGUACAGACAGCGACGUGAAGAUCGCCAGAACUCUGGAGGAAGCUCCCAGCGCCCCGCCCCGCGACGUCACCGUCACAGAGAGCGGAGACAACGGGACCACCAUCCUCGUCUCCUGGCAACCGCCUCCCGAAGACGAACGCAACGGGCUGGUCCAGGAGUACAAGAUCUGGUGCUUGGGAAAUGAGAGUCGUUACCACAUAAACCGCACCGUGGACGGCUCCACCCUGUCCGUGCUCAUACCGGGGCUGGCCACCGGGGUGCGCUACAGCGUGGAGGUGGCAGCCAGCACCGGGGCGGGGCCAGGGGUCAAGAGCGACAUCACAUACUUCCAACUGGACUCCUCAGGUCGGAUGACAGAGAACGUGAACUCGGGGAACCCUCUGUCGCAGCAGAUCUCAGACGUGGUGAAGCAGCCGGCGUUCAUCGCAGGCAUCGGCGCCGCCUGCUGGAUCAUCCUCAUGGUGUUCAGCAUCUGGCUCUACCGACACCGCAAGAAGAGGAGCGGCCUGUCCACCAGCUACGCAGGCAUACGCAAAGUUCCAUCGUUUACCUUCACGCCAACAGUGGCCUAUCAGAGAGGAGGGGAGGGCGUGAGCAGCGCCGGGAGGCCUGGUUUGCUGAACAUGGGGGAGAACGCCACCCAGCCCUGGCUCGCAGACACCUGGCCCAACUCCUGCUCCAACCACAACGACUGUAGCAUCAACUGCUGCACGGCGGGCAACGGCAACAGCGACAGUAACCUAGCAACCUACAGCCGCCCAGCCGACUGCAUCGCCAGCUACAACAACCAGCUGGACAACAAGCAGGCCAACCUCAUGGUCCCAGAGUCCGGGGUCUACAGCGACGUGGACCUGUCCAACAAGAUCAACGAGAUGAAGACCUUCAACAGCCCCAACCUCAAAGACGGACGAUUCGUGGGUCCUGGAGGCCAGCCCACCCCUUACGCCACCACCCAGCUCAUCCAGUCCUCCAUACUGGGCAACAACAUGAACGCCGAGCGCGGGGGGAGCGGGGGAGGAGGAGGCGGGGGAGGCCUGGGGGGAGGGGGGGACGUCAACGAGAAGCACUGUUGGAAGCCCGGGCACCACCAGAACAUCAUGGAGCAGAACAAGCUGAACAAGGACCGCUACAGAGGAGGAGACAGCCCCAUGCCAGCCACCAUCCCCUACAACCAGCCCCACGACAGCCACACCGGGGGCUCCUACAACAGCUCGGACCGGGGCAGCAGCAGCACCUCAGGAAGCCAGGGCCAGAAGAAGGGCAUGCGGACACCCAAACUGCCCAAACAAAGCACAAUGAACUGGGCCGACCUGCUGCCCCCGCCCCCUGCUAACCCACCCCCCGGCCGCACCGCCGACGACUACGCCAUGACCAUGCAAGACGGCUGUGACCCGGACAUGCAGUGCCCCAUGACCCCCUCGCACAUGUACCUGCAGCCCGACGAGCUGGAGGAGGAGGAGGAGAUGGAGAGGGGCCCCACACCCCCCAUCAGAGGGGCCGCCUCGUCCCCCGCCGCUGUGUCCUACAGUCACCAGUCCACAGCCACCCUGACCCCCUCACCUCAGGAGGAGCUCCAGCCCAUGCUCCACGACCCGCACGACAGCCACGAGCGACGACGUCACGGAAUGAGCCCGCCGCCCCCUCCUCGCCCCCACAGCCCCUCCCACACGUACAGCUACAUCAGCAGCCCGCUCGCCCUGGACACGGACGGCCUGGACGAGACUGAAGAGGACAUCCCGGAGGGGGAGGAGGGCGAGGACACGGACGCUGAGAUGGCCAAAAUGCACUACCACCACCACCCGCACCUCCACCCACACCACGCCCAGCCCCCACACCUGCACUCCCACUCCCGCCGCCUGCUGCUCAGGGGCCUGGAGCAGACCCCCGCCUCCAGCAUGGGGGACCUGAGAGAGAGCCCUGGACCGUCCAGCUCCAUGGGGGACCUGGAGGGGUGGGGGUCGGCGUCGGAGGAGGAUAACGCGUCUUCGGGCCGGUCCAGCGCGGUCAGCUCCUCUGAUGGCUCUUUCUUCACCGACACAGACUUCGCACAGGCGGUGGCGGCGGCAGCGGAGUACCAGGGGCUCCGGGUCGGGCCCAAGUAUCACACGCAGGGCCCGGAGUGUGGGGCCAACUCAGCACGAAAAUACCAAAUAGCAGGGUCCGGCAUGCGUCCAGCCAGCCCCGUGUCCACAGACAGUAACAUGAGCAUGGCUGCGGUCCAGAGGAGGCCUCCUAAGAAACAGAAGCAGCAUCCAGGAGGACAGCGGCGUGACCCGUACAAUGAAGAUCUCCCGCCUCCUCCCAUCCCUCCUCCAGCAGUGCUCAAGUCCCCCACACACCCCUCCAAGGCGGCCAUGGAGGGCAGGGGGGUGGUGUCUCCCAAGGCCGGGGAGAGGAGAGGGGGAGCGGGCAGCGGCUACAGGCCCAGAGACCCGUCUGACCAGAGGGGCGACCAGAGGAGUGACCAGAGGAGUGACCAGAGGGGUGACCAGAGGGGUGACCAGAGAAGCGGGUCUGCGGAGAGGAGAGAGAGCCCAGACAAAGCAGUGAGCCAAGGAGGAAAAGGGAACAAGGCCCGACAACACACAGGCUCUGAGGACAUCCUGCCCUACAGCAGACCACAGUUCCCCUCAGUGAACAGCCCGCGGGACCCCAGCUCCUCCAGCUCCAUGUCCUCCAGGGGGUCCGGGGGCCGCAGGAGAGGGGAGGGGGGCCCCGGGCGCAGGAACCCCCCUGCAGACAUGAGCCUCAGCACCACAGGGGCCUUCACACCAGGAGAGGAGGAGAGGGAGAUGAUUGAGAGCUGAAGACCUGAGCGACCUUUAGAAGAACUGUUC